AUGCCUCGGGGUCAGAAGAGUAAGCUCCGUGCCCGUGAGAAACGCCGAGACACCCAUGGUCAGCCGCAGAGUCUCCCGGGUCCUCAGACCACUGUAGAGAAGCAAAAAGAGCCCCCCACUUCCACUAUCUCUUCUGAUUAUCGGGGUGCUCAUCCUAAGUCUUCUGAUGCCUCCGUUCCUCAGGAGUCUCAGGGAGCUUCACCCACUGGCUCUCCUGAUGCAGGUGUUUCAUGCUCAAAAUCUGAUGUGGCUGCCAAGGGUCAAGAUGACAAAAGUGCAGGCACCUCCCCUGAUGCCUCCGUUCCUCAGGAGUCUCAGGGAACUUCACCCACUGAAUCUCCUGAUGCAGAUGCUUCAUGCUCAAAAUCUGAUGUGGCUGCCAAGGGUCAAGAUGACAAAAGUGCAGGCACCUCCCCUGAUGCUUCCGUUCCUCAGGAGUCUCCCCCUGAUGCCUCCGUUCCUCAGGAGUCUCAGGGAGCUUCACCCACUGAAUCUCCUGAUGCAGGUGCUUCAUGCUCAAAAUCUGAUGUGGCUGCUAAGGGUGAAGAUGAGGAGAGUGCACACGCCUCCCAGAGAGCCAUGUACUUCAAGAGCUUAGGCCGAGAUCCUAUAAACAAGAAGUCGUGGGAGUUGGUGCAAUUCCUGCAGGAGAAGUUUGAGAAGAAUGAGUCCAUUUUGAAGGCAGACAUGCUGAAGCUUGUCAGCAAAAGGUACAAGGAGUACUUCCCUGAGAUCCUCAAGCAAACCUCCGAACAUCUGGUGGUGACCUUUGGUGUUGAAUUGAAAGAAAUGGAUUCCAGUGGUGAAUCCUACACCCUUGUCAGCAAGCUGGGCCUCUCCAGUGAAGGAAGUCUGAGUGGUUAUAAUGGGCUGGCGAAGUCAGGUAUCCUGAUGUCGGCCCUGGGUUUGAUCUUCAUGAAAGGCAACCGUGCCACUGAAGAGGAGGUCUGGGACUUUCUGACCUUCCUGGGGAUCUCCUCUAGGAUGACACAUCCACUCUAUGGGGAUCCUGAGAAGGUCCUUACUGAAGAUUUGGUGCAAGCAAAGUACCUGGAGUACCGGCAGGUGUGCAACAGUGAUCCUCCACGUUAUGAAUUCCUGUGGGGUCCACGAGCCCACUUUGAAACCAGCAAGAUGAGAGUCCUGGAUGUUUUCGCCAAGAUCAAUAACACCGUCCCCGGGUUCUACCCACAUCUGUAUGAAGAGGCUUUGGUAGAUGAGGUACAGAAAGCAUUGAGAGUGAACUUUUAA